CCGGGCGCGCGCUGGCUCUCCCCUCCUCCCCCCCCCCGCCUCCCGCGCGCUCCCGAGGGCUCCGGAUCACUUCAAGAUGGCGGCGCUAAGCGGGGGAUCGGCCGAGGGGCCCUCACUGCUCAACGGGGACCUGGAGUCCGAGGCUGGGAGCCUGAGCGGAGCCGGGGAGAUGUCAGCGGCAGGGGGUUACCCGGAGGAGAUCUGGAAUAUCAAGCAGAUGAUUAAGUUAACACAAGAGCACAUUGAAGCCCUCCUAGACAAAUUUGGAGGCGAGCACAACCCCCCCUCAAUAUACGUAGAGGCUUAUGAGGAGUACACAAGUAAACUAGAUGCCCUCCAGCAGAGGGAGCAGCAGUUAUUGGAGUCCAUGGGGAAUGGAACAGAAUCUUCAUCACUAUCCUCAGAAAUGACUCUAUCAUCAGUCCCCUCUACUCUGUCUCUAGCGCCUACGUCCUUGUCCGUCCUUCAGAACCCCUCUGAUCUCUCCCGAAUCAACCCCAAAUCUCCUCAGAAACCCAUUGUUAGAGUCUUCCUACCUAACAAACAGCGCACCGUGGUACCAGCCCGAUGUGGAGUGACCGUUAGGGACAGCCUCAAGAAAGCACUGAUGAUGCGAGGUCUGAUCCCGGAAUGUUGUGCGGUGUACAGGGUUCAGGAUGGGGAAAAGAAGCCAAUCGGCUGGGACACAGACAUCAGCUGGCUGACGGGGGAGGAACUGCAUGUAGAAGUUUUGGAGAAUGUUCCCCUCACAACCCAUAACUUUGUACGGAAAACCUUCUUCACCCUGGCGUUCUGUGACUUCUGCCGGAAGCUGCUUUUCCAGGGUUUCCGCUGCCAGACCUGCGGGUACAAGUUUCACCAGCGGUGCAGCACAGAGGUGCCGCUUAUGUGCGUUAAUUAUGACCGACUUGAUCUGCUGUUUGUCUCAAAGUUCUUUGAACACCACCCAAUAUCUCAGGAUGAAGGCCCAUUCGAGGAAGUCGCACCAGCUGUCGAAUACUGUUCACCUUCGCCCCCUCCAGAUUUCAGCGGGUCUCUCUGCCUCCCAAGUAGCUCUCCGUCCAAGUCCAUCCCCAUUCCGCAGCCGUUCCGACCCGCCGAUGAAGACCACAGAAACCAGUUUGGCCAACGAGACCGCUCCUCCUCCGCCCCCAACGUUCACAUAAACACCAUCGAGCCUGUUGACAUCGAUGACUUAAUUCGGGACCAGGGCUUUCAGCGAAGUGAGGGAGCCCCCCAGGUUCAGCCGACUCGCUGCCUUCGGAAAUACCACUCUCGGAACCCCAGCCCACUCCUACAUUCUGUCCCCAGUGAAAUAGUCUUUGAUUUUGAGUCUGACCCCGUUUGCAGAGGCACUACCCCAGGAUUAUCCGCUACCCCUCCAGCAUCCCUUCCUGGGUCCCUCACUAGCAUCAAGGCUCUCCAGAAAUCCCCAGGGCAGCAGAGAGAGCGCAAAUCAUCCUCUUCCUCUGCUGAAGACAGGAGUCGAAUGAAAACGCUUGGUCGUCGAGACUCUAGUGAUGACUGGGAGAUACCAGAUGGCCAGAUCACAGUUGGACAGCGGAUAGGAUCUGGUUCUUUUGGGACGGUGUAUAAGGGAAAGUGGCAUGGUGAUGUAGCUGUGAAAAUGCUGAAUGUAACCGCACCAACGCCUCAGCAACUACAGGCCUUUAAAAAUGAAGUCGGAGUGCUCAGGAAAACACGACAUGUAAACAUCCUGCUUUUCAUGGGCUAUUCUACCAAACCCCAGCUGGCAAUAGUGACCCAGUGGUGUGAGGGCUCCAGCCUCUAUCACCACCUUCACAUCAUAGAGACCAAAUUCGAGAUGAUUAAGCUAAUUGAUAUUGCACGGCAGACUGCACAAGGCAUGGACUACUUGCACGCCAAGUCGAUCAUCCACCGAGAUCUGAAAAGCAAUAAUAUAUUUCUUCAUGAAGACCUCACGGUAAAGAUUGGGGAUUUCGGCCUAGCCACAGUGAAGUCCCGGUGGAGCGGCUCACACCAGUUUGAGCAGCUGUCCGGUUCUAUUUUAUGGAUGGCACCGGAGGUCAUUAGGAUGCAGGACAAAAACCCGUACAGCUUUCAGUCCGAUGUCUACGCGUUUGGCGUAGUUCUGUAUGAAUUAAUGACUGGGCAGCUGCCUUAUCAAAAUAUCAACAACCGAGACCAGAUUAUAUUUAUGGUUGGGAGAGGAUAUUUGGCUCCGGACCUCAGCAAAGUUCGGAGUAACUGUCCCAAAGCAAUGAAGAGGUUAAUGGCAGACUGUCUAAAGAAGAAGAGGGAUGAGCGGCCCUUAUUUCCACAGAUUCUAGCCUCCAUUGAACUCCUGGCCCGGUCAUUGCCAAAAAUUCACCGCAGUGCAUCUGAACCGUCGUUGAACAGAGCCGGCUUCCAGACGGAGGACUUCAGUCUGUACGCUUGCGCUUCUCCAAAAACGCCCAUCCAGGCUGGUGGAUAUGGAGAAUUUACAGCCUUCAAGUAACGGCACAGUCAGCACAAGCAACCUCCUCUUACUACUUGCAGUAGUCUCGUGUUCCUCUAGUUUCCUAGCACUGGGACUACAUACAAAACAAGCAGAUAACACACCCACAUUCUAAGAGGGAGCAGCAUGAACAUCAAAGGAACAGGGGUAGAAGGGUAAGGUGCCCAGCGAGACCUCUGUGUUCCUCGGGGAACGGGCCCUGCAUUGCUCUUCAGUACACCCCUUACCAGUGUAUACACAGCGGAGGAGAGACUUGACCGUGGCAAAGAGGAGGUGGAUUUUCUUCAUCGCGGAGGCUGUGUGUUUCUGACUCUCUCUAAAUUACUAACACUGGUGCCCUUCUGUUCUGUGUGGGUUCUGCUCCAAUCAUAACGGGACUAUCUGCUGAGAUUUUACAUUUCUUUUGCUGGAAAAUAAAAUGCUGGAUCUCCUUUCACCCCUCCCCUCCCAAAAUUUAGAAUCUCCCACCCUGGUGGUAGAAGUUAAAUCCACACCACUUUUUGAGCUGAGAAACCAUUUUAUGUGCUGAACCAAUAGUCUCUCUUCGCCAUUCAAGAAGAGCGACGACAUCACUGAGGUUUGAGGCGCUUGGUGAUGUCACUGGUUCCUAGUAAAGUGAUAUUGACUCCUCCCCCAAUAUGGCUGACCUCACUGCUGUGUAGGUGAUUAGUCCCCCAACAGAGAAGCCUGGCUAAGCCUCUUAAAUCAGGUUUGUAAUGUUUGUACUUUUUUAAAAGGCACCAACAGUCUUUAUCUGUAGGUGCUUGUCAUAAUAGUUGCAGAGUGCUGUACUCUGGUGAUUUCAGCCAUUGUUUCAUAGUUAACUAAUUGUCUUUGUUUUUAAAUGUAUUAUUCGUUUUUCCUUUACUUGAGUGCAUUUAAUAUGGCAAUGCUUCCAAAAGACUAUUUUUGAAUUUGAGAAGAAACCUAUUUAUUUAAGCGACUCGUGCACAUUGCUCCGUCUUAGUGGCAGUUCCGGUAGUCCUGUGUUACUUUGCAGUAACAGAGAUAUGGGAAAAGACAAAAAUCUGUUGUAAAGGAGAUUCUGCAUUUUAUUUAAUCUGUUUUGUCUCUUCUGUUAUUUUAUACUGUUCACUUGUCAUUCUCCCUUCUUCCUGUUCUCUCUUAUGUCAAUGCAACAAUUUUAUUUUUAUUUUUUGGUGGGAAACUGUUGCGGGAGUUUUUACCCCAAUCUGCUCUGGUGUUAACUUUUUUUUUUUUUCUUCUUUUUUCUUUCUGGUGAGCCUUUGCAUUGACUGAAACGGACUUGUUUGUGUUUACGGAUUAUUAAUCUUAGAAGACGUAAUUUUAUAGAAUGGAUUUUGUGUCACGCUGUGUAACAUGGGUGGUUCCCAAGAAAACAAAGUUUUACAUUCCAUGCCGAGUAGUCAUCUACUACCUUACUCUUUCCAUUUCCCUAAUUUGCAGCACAUCGUCUAGUGUGUACAGUCUUUGGGUAAACCUGUCCCAAAUUCUCAUAAUAAUGUCCAUUAACCAACUAAUGCUCACAGCACUUGACAUGGUGGUACAAAAUAGGUUACAAAAAUCACAAAUUUCAGUUUUGAAGAUAUUUUUAAUUCAUUUUUUCCCCUCACAUUUUUGGAAGAAACUCGUUUCGCAUUUCCUAGAAUGAUACUUUAUAAAGUGCUGGACAGGCCGAUGGAACCAGUGACUCAUACUGGCCAUGUUCUAUAUUGUCUGUGUGUGUAUGUUACGCUACUGGUACCACCGUGAAGACUAAAUAUUUAUGUACUCCAAAGCUUACGCAGUAGCACAUGACGAGGUCAUAUUUUAUUUUUGUUCUGUACAGCUGAAAAAUUCUUUUUACUUUAUGCUAUUUAUUUAAUUUAUUUUGCUAUGUAAAUUUUGAGUUUGGCCAGAGAUUUUGUAUAUGGUAACCAGAGACGUUGCUUGUGUGUAAUGGACCGUUUUCUGUUUUAUCCCCAUCCUCUUUACCUAGAAGUGUAUGUCUUAUAUUCUGUCCUGUAUGCAAGGGGAGCGUAAACCAUUUGUUUACUUUCAGGUUUUUUUUUAUAGGCUACUUUUGGGUCCGGUUUAAAAAAAAAACUAAAUUUAUUGGUGGUGCACAGUAGGUUUGGAAAGUGUCCGUCAGGGGGACUCAUUCUAAUGAGCAUGGAGUCCUGCAGUUUAAGUCCUGACCCACAUUUUAAUAAUCCUUGGAUAUGGAGCCUUUGGUUCCAGCUCUUGAAUGAUGAAAGUGGUGCGUAGACACUACAAAGCGGUAAUUAUUGUGCAUUUAGUAAUUAAAGGAUCUGUGCUCUAAAGUUUACCUGUACCACAGAUCAGAACAUUUUGGGGGUUUUUAAUAAAAAGUCUGUAUUUAACUUUUCCCAUUCCUCCUCAGUCUGUCUGGUGCCUCCAUCCUCUUUCCUAUAAAGCAUAUUAGUUGAUGUUUCGGCAGUCCUGCGGGUUGAAGACUCUAUUUUUAUUUACGUUUUUGUUUUUUGUUUUUUUUACUUCUUGAAAGUUACGGUUUGUGUUUUGGGAGGUUUUUCUCAUGUGAAAGUCUUUAUCUGUAAAAAAAAAAAAAAAGCUAGUAAACCAUAUGCCUUUGUAAUCCAAUUUUUGGACCAGGGGUUAUAGAAUUGAACACUGAUUUGAGGAACUCAGGCUUCCAACGACUCCUCCUUCUCCCCCCCCCCCCCCCCCCCCCUCAUCUCUGUUUAGCACAUCUCCAGCACGAGUCUUCUAAAUGCAGCCCUUUACACCUAUAUGUUACUGUACGUAAUGCCAGUCAUGGACUCACAGUGCAGAAUCAGGUUGGAAAUACUGGGGGCUAUGUAUAAAAGUGGUGUGUAAAUGAUAAUAAAGACCAUAUUUACAAAUGUUUACAUUGUGUCCAUUACACCACUUUUUACCGUGUACCAGUCACCAUAAUAUUUCAUAUACAAAAGGAUUUAUUUUUAAAUAUAUAAAUAUAUAACUUCAUGCCUGAUAUUUUGUUCCAGAAACUCACUGUUUAUAGAUAUUCUUCAGUCAAGUCUUUUAACGUUCCUGUUUGUUUUGUCUGGCAUCUGCAUUCAAUGAGGAUUUAGCUUCAAUCGCUUCUGUGGGGUUUUCGUUGAAUAGCAUCGCCCUCUUUGAUAUGUACUGUGGACCCUCGGCUACAUGUAUAGCAGAGUCCGCCACUGGGCGAGCUGGAUUAUUGGUGGGGGGGGGGAGGGCAGGGCAGUUAACAAGAAGUUGAUUGACCAAUGAUGUUGCUGUAGAAACCAGUUGACUUUGAAAGAUUUCAUCACGAGUCACAAUGGUUGCCCGUUUUUAUACUAAAGGAGCUCACUGCAGCAUCAGUUGUAGACACACAUGGGUGGGAAUUACUUUCACUGUGUGAAUUAUUGGAAGUGUCCCCGCAGAGUAUAUCUGGUACUUCCAUUAUGCUUUAAUCUUGUAUUUCUACAUUUCCCUCCAUGAACGGAAGUUAAUUUACACUGUGAGACCAUUUCUCCCAUGUAUUGUUUGCGUUGGUUAAGCCAAAGUACUGUAAACCAAACAUUUGGUGGUGGUCCUCUUCCGUGUUUUGCGUUACGGUUUUUCCCAGGAAGCGCUGGUUCUUUUAUACUUCUGUGUAGUCCUCUGUGAGACUUUGACUCUUGGUGCUAGCGUCAUGGGAAAGUGUGUUAACAGGACACUCUUCUGUUUGAAAAUACCUACAACAAUGUUGGAGUGCUGGAACGUACAGUUAAUGUUCUUAUUUCUUAGUGCAUCAUUGUUUAGCAGGUCCAUUGUGUCUCUACCAGAUCCCUUCUCAUCAGUUAGUCUCCCAUGGUGAGGUCACUAGCUCUGUUUGCUCAUGAUGUUGACCGGAGACUGUAGAAGACACCAGUCUACGUUGAGUAGAAAUGAUGCAGUUUGGAUGGCGUACCUUUUUUACGAAAUCUACACCUUUCAAGCAUCAUUUCAUUAGACAUGACAAGUUCUUUGCAAAUUUUGUUUGGUGGGUAAGUGUUAAAACAAAGUUUGCAUCAUGUGGCAUCCCAGCAAAACCCAUGUCCUCAUCCAGCAGUUAUUUUAUUUCCAGUGUCCUUGCCCACAGUGCGACUAGACUCCUUGCCUUGGGUAAGUUAGAGCACAACCUUUUGUUGUUUUCAGAAGUAACUCUGACAAGAUUUUAACAGGUUGACGCCUGCCAGGAAGAAAGCUGUAUAUUUAGUAAGAGCUACAAGAGGGUAUGUACAAGUCAUUAGGUUCAUCUGAAGGUGGAUGACCCCUCUGAGUGGAUUUGGUAGGACGGCUCUGCGGUUGGAAGAUGUUCUUGUGAUUUGGUUGUUUUGUCUCUAGAUUGAGUUUGUUAAUUUUAUAGAAGGCAGAUACACCCCCUCUUCAGGUUGUGAUGAAAUGUUGCAUGGUGGCCAUUUUAAUUUUUGUGGGACUGUCAGAUUAAAUAUAUUAAAUUGUUCUGUCUUAGCAUUUAGUGGUUGAUGAGAUGAUGUCUCCGCUUCCUACUGUUGCAACUUGAGUUUGCUGAAGUGCGCUGGAACACCAGCUGUUAGACACCAGGGCGUCCUUAAUAUGAUCUAUCCGGUCAGCUGGAUUUGUCUGCAGGUGUGCAUAAAGGCAACAUCCAGUAUCAUGAAGGCUACUUUACCGAUGUUACACCUUUCCUGUCUGUGAGUUUUAUAUAUACAGCCUGUCUUUCCAAGACAGCAGUUAGAUUUCCAAAAUAGAUCCUAUUAACCGCUAAUAGGUAAAAAAUAGCUCCUCAAAAGCGACAUUACCCUUUUAAGGUGCCUAGGUUUAAUCUGCCUGGCUCCGUGUCAAAUAUUACCAUGUUCCGCCAAAUUUUUGUAAAUGGCCUCCAGGACACUUGACCAUAUUGCCCUAGGAAUAUAGGCUGCCUUCAUUGGUAUGUUUAUAAGGAACAGAGCACAACUUGGUUUCUCUUUCAUGAUGUUACAAAGACUGCAUUGUCUCUUACGGAUGCACAGCGUUUUAUGUCCACUGAUGUUACAAACCUAAUUCUCUCUUACGAACCACCUCAAAGCUAAAAGAUGCACCUGACCAUUAUCCAGGUGUGUUGGAACCAUAAUCCUUUGCUCCUACUCUUCCCUUCCACCCACCUUAUUUAUUUUUGAAUGUACUGGCUCAAAUUUUUGUCUGCAAGAAGCUGCAUCACUCAAGGGGUCCUUGCAGCACCAUAUAAACAUUUGGGGAAAGUGAUGGUGUAUGGCCAUCUCUCCGUAAUUAAUUUUCUUCUUUUUUUUUUCUUCUUUUUUUUCUCUGUUUUGAAAAAAUGUCAAUGUACAAUGUGUAUAUAUUUAUCAUUGUUUAUACGGUGAAGUUUUAGUUUAGAACGUUACUACAGCAAGUGCAAUAAAUGAAAAAGAAAAAAAACUGUGAAUAAUUAAACAUCCAUGUACACCA